AAUUUCGGUUGUGCAUUCGGAACUAGUAGUGCUACAGAAAAACGUUGCGUUUGAAAAUUAAAGCAAAAAAUUCAGCCAAAAAAAAAAGUCAGAGAGAAAUGGGAGCGGUGAAGAACAUCUGGAACGCCAUGGAAGUAGCUGCGCAAGCUUCAGAUUGCUCCACCUCUCAGAUCCAUUCUUCUUCCCUCUCCGUCGACCCCUCCCUCCCUCUCCCUCCCGUCUCGCCUCUCAUCAUAGAAUUGUGCAAGGAUCUGUUUAAGAAAUGGUCAAAUUUGGAGAAUUCUCGCUUCUCCGUGGAGACAGUUUCCGGCGGCAUCACAAAUCAAUUGCUGAAGGUGACUGUGAAGGAAGAGAAUGGAAAUACCGUGUCUGUGACAGUGCGGUUGUACGGGCCUAACACCGAUUAUGUUAUCAAUAGGGAACGCGAACUGCAGGCAAUCAAAUACCUCUCCGUUGCAGGAUUUGGUGCAAAUUUGCUUGGAGUUUUUGCCAAUGGGAUGGUGCAAUCUUUUAUCAAUGCACGUACACUAGUCCCAUCAGACAUGAGAAAUCCAAAGCUGGCUGCCGAUAUUGCCAAGGAACUGCGCAGAUUCCAUCAAGUGGAAAUUCCAGGUUCCAAGGAACCUCAGUUGUGGAUUGACAUGUUCAAGUUCUUUGAGAAAGCAUCUGCUCUUGAAUUUGAUGACAAUGAAAAGCAGAAAGUUUAUAAGACCAUUUCAUUUAGUGAAGUUCACAAUGAAAUGAUUGCGCUCAAGGAAUUGACAGACCGUUUUAAUGCUCCAGUCGUUUUUGCUCACAAUGACUUGCUUUCUGGAAAUAUAAUGGUUAAUGACGAAGAAGAUAAACUCUACUUCAUCGAUUUUGAGUACGGAUCAUACAAUUAUAGAGGCUUUGACAUUGGGAAUCACUUCAAUGAAUAUGCAGGCUAUGAAUGCGACUAUAGUUUAUACCCGAAUAAGGAUGAACAAUACCACUUCUUGAGGCAUUAUAUACAACCUGAAAAUCAACAAGAGGUAUCAGACAAGGAACUUGAAGCUCUCUAUGUUGAGGCAAAUACAUAUAUGUUAGCUUCACACUUAUAUUGGGCUUUAUGGGGAAUAAUCCAGGCAAAGUUUUCUCCGAUCAAUUUCGACUAUCUUGGUUAUUUCUUCCUGCGGUACAACGAAUACAAAAAGCAGAAGGAAAGAUGCUUCUCCAUGGCAAGAUCACAUCUCGCGCAAUCUGAGACCGGGUUAAACAUGAAGGCGCAAUAAGUAGGUGUCGGUAUGUGAUGAACUUGUAGGGAAAUUAUUUUUUGUUUACAAAUUUUGGAAAUGUUGUAUUCUUUUGUAGCCAAUUGUUAGAUGAAAAAUGAAAACAAACAUGAACAAAUAAUUGGCAUUCAGGAGCUUCCCGAAGCAGUGGAAUGCAGAAACUUAUGUAUCUGAUCUGUGUAAUAUUUUUCUGUCGUCGCAUUCAUGUACAACAAUUUUGAGUUUUCGUGAUUAAAUUUGUCGAAUUUUAGAUCACCGAGAGAGGUGGCA